AUGGCCAGCUUCAACGGCACCCUCCCCAACUGCGCAUCCCCUCCGGCGAGCGCAAAGUCCGAUGCAGGCGUAGCAGGAGCUGGUAUCUUACUCGCCUUCAUCAUAACCGCAGGCCUCGCCCUCAUCCUCUCUACCCUCAUCGUCUUCUCCGAGAUUCGCGGCCAUUCGUACCACAACAUUCCCCGAAAGAUUCUGAGCGGCCUGUCAGAUCAGAUGAUCGUGGAAGGAACAGCGAUACAAGUAGUCGGACUGGCACAGGUCAACAGCAUGAUACCAUAUCACUUCUUCAUCAUUUGGAUGUUAAGCUUGCUGGCUACCACGACCAACUUCGCGACGCUAUUAGCGCUGGUAGAGGACUUCAAACGAGAUUGA